AUGCCUUCACACAUUCGGACAGAGAACCAUAUUCCUCCGGUAUUGGAGGCAUCUUCCGAAGCAAUUACCGACAACGGACUGGACCCAGACUCCGUUGAAAUUGUUACCCAAAACAUACAUUUCCCCACUGCGAAUAGCGUUCCCACAGAGCAUUUGUUACCAUCGCCAUCACCUGACACUACCGCGACAGAUUCUGGUUAUACCGAAGAUCUUCACCCAACCAGACAGAGUCUGGAGGCAAACGACAUUCGACGUCUAAGUUUCAUCUCAUUUGCUGAUGUUAUAAAUGCUGAAAUUGCGGAAACCGGGGAGUGCCCCCCUGGCAGCCACACUCUUCAAAGGGGCGCAGGUAGUCCAAAUCCAUCGGCUGCAGUGUUUCGCAACAUGUCUCCAUCACCUUUGUACUCGCCGGUGUCUUCCCAUGGAUUUGGAACUUCUCCACCGACGAGCAUUUCAGCGUCAUUCAAAGGCCUAGAGCUCUCCCCGAACAGGGUUGCGCAGGAUACCGAGAGUCCACAUCUUGCUAUUCAAAGACCAUUAUCCCCUAGUUUCAGUGGCGACUUGAACAUUGAAACUAUGGGUCAGGCUUUGAGGCGAUCGGGCAGCGGAGAUCUAGGCGCCUUCAUGGCAUCGGGGAACGAUGGUUGA